AUGGUUCGCGUCGCGGACCUCCUCUUCACGGGCGAGGCCUCGCACCAUGAACAGUUGGAGGUAGUGUCCCGUGGCGUGACCAUAAUAACCGCCGGACAUUCUGUCAGUGAACGCGGUUAUCUCAGUCAACGUCUGAAGCCCUGGUUAGAACGUCUGGUCUCCGAGCUCUCCCCUGACGCUUCUGGUGUUACCAUCGAGGUCGCAGCCACGGAUGCAGAGCCCGGAAUCAUUAUGUAA